AUGUUGCUCAAUUUGAAAUACAUUUCACCGGGAGUUCUAGUAUUUCAGACUACCAGCCUUGUGCUGACUAUGCGUUAUUCAUGUACAUUCAAGGAAGAAGGACCCCGUUACCUAACAUCAACAGCUGUUGUAAUUGCAGAGAUGAUGAAGAUUGCAGCAUGCCUUUUAAUAGUCUGUAAGGAUUCUGAUUACAGGUUUAAAGCGCUAAAUGGAGUAUUACAAGGUGAAAUUAUUAACAAACCAAUGGAUACACUAAAACUUAUCAUUCCUUCUGGAAUUUAUACACUUCAGAAUAAUCUCCUUUAUGUUGCGUUGUCCAGUUUAGAUGCAGCAGCAUACCAACUGAAGGUUCUUAUUACAGUUUUCUUUUCUGUGACUAAAAACUGAGGUGGUUAUCAAUGGCUUUCGCUCUUAAUAUUAAUGGCAGGAGUCACACUUGUUCAGUGGCCAACAGAUACCACAGAAGAGGUAAAGCAGGAGCUCUCUGCAGGUUCCCAGUUUGUGGGUUUGAGAGCUGUGCUCAGUGCUUGUUUAUCCAGUGGACUUGCAGGAGUUUACUUUGAGAAAAUCCUUAAGGAGACAAAACAGUCAGUUUGGAUUAGAAACAUUCAAUUAGGUUUGUUCGAAUGUAUUUUUGGAAUCAUGGGCGUAUAUGUAUAUGAUGGGCAACGAGUAAAAGAACAUGGAAUCUUCCAAGGGUACAACAAAUUCACUUGGAUUGUUGUCAUUCUACAGGCUCUUGGUGGUCUAGUAAUAGCAGCAGUCAUCAAAUAUGCAGAAAGCAUCUUGAAAGGCUUUGCUACAUCAUUAUCUAUCAUUCUUUCAACAUUGAUCUCUUACUUCUGGCUGGAGGACUUUGUGCCCACCAGUGUCUUUUUCUUCGGAGCCAUUCUGGUGAUAACUGCAACAUUUCUAUAUGGAUUUGAACUGAAAAUUUUUAUGCAUUAG